AUGGAGCGGCACGAGGUGGUUAGAUACGAGCGCUGGGACUCGGCGAAGAAGAAGCGACGAGGAGAUACAUAUCAUUCCAACGUUAACCGCAAAGACCAAGCACGUAUCGCCGCCGGAAGAGAUCUGCAUACAGUGCCCGAUGGAGUCUCGAGGUCGUGGGGUGUCAUGGAGCGUGACCGUCGGUCGCCCGGUGGCCAAACGUCCAUGGACAUCCAGCUCACGUGGCUGACGACUCCUGGGAACUACGAGCGCUGGCACAACGAAGUGAAGGGGAGACUCGCCAAGGAGAUCGUGGUCGCGAUGCUGGCCGUCGGCAUUUCCCGCUCUGCGAAUGCCGUUUCUCACAAGAUCCGAGGUCUCGAGACGCAGUUCUCGUCGGCGACUGCGUAUCUGAGGGGCCUGGAUGGUCGCCGUGACCAGGUCGCUCGAGGGGCGCUGGAGCUGGAGACGCAGGCACAAGUGGACAGGUUGUGCCCCCACUUUUUCGAGCUUCUCCCCGUGCUCGAGCCAUUCAUCCCGGUCGUUGGUAGCGUCAGUGUUGAGACGACAACCAACGCACGGGGGUCCACCCGCAAGAGGGAAUCGGAUGUCCGCGCGGCGGAGGCAGCUCGCGCGGCCAAGCGGCGCCACCAGCGUCCAGCACCUGAGGUGACUGCCCUCUCUGCAGAAGAUAACCUGGAGCUGGCAACAAAUGCUGCCAGUAGCGAUGCUGCUCAGUACACCGCGACGACGACCCAAGACGUGCCGCAAGUGAAGCGGGAGUGGCGGGUGGUGGACCGCGUGGCCGAGCCGCAGCUCACCCCUGCGUUCCAGCAGCGCAUGGACGAGUGCGUACUAAGCCACGCGGAGCAGCGCAGCCAAGGAAUCCUCAACGCUGAGGAGAGGGCGCGCGAAUGCAGUAUCGACGCGGAGCGCUACCGGACCGAGGCGGAGCGCCACCGUACUGACGCGGAACGGCGCAAGAGCGACAUCGACGUGAUGCUGGCCAAGGUGCUGGCGCGCCAGACGAUGAAGGACAGAGGCGUCGCCACGGACGAGAUCGAGAUGGCGCUGGCGCUGCACGAGCCGUGA